AUGCAAUCCAUUUUCCGUUCGUUCCGCCGCCGCAUCGGCCACCAGGAGAGCCGCCGAACACUGGUGGACCUGACAGCCAUCAAAUGGGUCCGAGACCGAGGCCUCGAUCACGCCGUCGAGAAAGAGAGCAACCUUCAACCGAUGCUCAAUCUCAAGAACCUCAUCAAGUCCGAGCCGUCCAAGUCGCUUCCACUCUCCAUCAUCGUCCAGAACAGAGAAUCUCUCGACCUCCCUCUCCGCCCCAUCGAAUUUGUUCGCAAAUACCCCUCCGUCUUCGAAGAAUUCUUCCCUGGUGGAGUCAAAAUACAUCCACAUGUUAAACUGACUCAAGAAAUCCUCGGCCUCGACGCAGACGAGCAGUUGAUUUACCAGAGUGACGAUUACAAACAGAGAGUAGCAGACCGACUUCUGAAGCUGCUUAUGUUAGCUGGAAUUCACAAAAUCCCAAUUCGUAUCAUAGAUCGCCUCAGAUGGGAUUUAGGUUUGCCUCAGGAUUAUAUUCAAAGCGUGGUUCCUGAGUUUCCAGAUUAUUUUAAGAUCACCCGUGGCAGUGAUUCUGACUUGUUGCUGGAAUUGGUUUGCUGGAGCAGUGAGUUGGCAGUUUCAGCGAUUCAGAAGCGGGCAAUGAGUGGUGAGGUGGGUUACAAGAAGGGUAUGGCUAUUUCAUUUCCAUUGCAGUAUUCUAGAGGUUUUGAGGUGGAUAAGAAGUUCAAAAGGUGGGUUGACGAGUGGCAGAAGUUGCCUUACGUUUCUCCCUAUGAAAAUGCAUUACAUUUUCCAGCCAAGAGUGACGAGGCUGACAAGUGGGCAGUUGCUGUGAUGCACGAGAUUCUUACUCUUCUUAUUGGGAAGAAGACUGAUAGAGAAAAUGUGCUUUGUCUCGGAGAGUACUGGGGACUUCGGGCAAGGUUUAAGAGGGCAUUGCUUCAUCAUCCUGGCAUAUUUUAUCUCUCAAAUAAAAUUGGAACGCAUACAGUUGUUUUACGGGAUGGUUAUAAGAGAAAUUUGUUGAUUGAGAAGCACCCGUUUAUGGAUAUGAGGUAUAAGUAUAUUCAUCUUAUGAAUACAGUGAAGGAAGAUAAAAAACCAAAAGCUCAGAAACAGAAACCAACCAUUGAUUCUACAAAAGAAGGUGAAGAGAUGCAAGUUGAUACAAGCGAAGAUGAACAAUUUGGGGAGUUGAAUGACUUGUCAGGUUCAGAGGUUGAGUAUGGAAGUGAUGAGGACUAUGAUGAUGAGGAGGACAAAGAUGAUGCUGGUGGUUAUAUCGGAAGAGCGAUGAAAAACCCAAACAGGUCCUUGAGAACUUCUGUUGCAACCAAUCUGAAAACUAGGAAAACGGUGCCCGUUCAAGUUUCUGGGAAAAUAGGAAUGCAUGGUAAGCUUAAGGGUCAUAGUAGCUCGCCAGGUAGAGGGCAAAUUUCAAGAAACAGGGGGAGGUCAAAUUUGAGGACUGGGAUAUCUGUGUAG